GUUAAUAUCUUUGCAAAAAAUACUCCCUUUCCCCUAAAAAAUACUCCCUCAAGAGAUGGUCAGUAGAUUCUUUUCUUCUUCCUUCUCGAUUUUUGUCGUCUUUAGCUCUUAAACCCUUGUCUUUCUCUUUUCUGUGAAUUUGUGAUCUGAAAAAAAUGACAUUGUUCUUUAGAAGAUUAGCAAAAGCAGCUCCAGUUGCAUUUUCCAAUGCAUUUAAGGGCUUUCAAAACUCCACUCCUUAUACCACUCGUACCCCUUUUGGAGUGAUUGCCGCUUCAAUUACUGGAGGAAUCUCACUUUAUUACCUCACUUCUUCCCCAAAUUUGGCUCAUCUAGAUUCAAUCAAUGAAGAAACGCAGAAGAAAGUUGCACUGAAUCCAGAUAAGUGGCUUGAGUUCAAACUGCAGGAAACUGCAACUGUCAGCCAUAAUACUAAGCUCUACAGGUUCUCAUUCGAUUCUGAAGCCGUGUUAGGUCUUCACAUUGCUUCUUGCCUCCUCACAAGAGCUCCUACAGGGCAAAAUGAUGAAGGGAAAACGAAAUAUGUCGUUCGACCGUACACUCCCAUUUCUGAUCCCGAUUCCAAAGGGUACUUUGAUUUGAUGAUCAAGAUAUAUCCAGAAGGUAAGAUGAGCCAGCAUUUUGCAAAACUCAAACCUGGUGAUGUUGUAGAAGUCAAAGGACCCAUUGAGAAGCUCAGGUAUACUUGCAACAUGAAGAAACACAUCGGCAUGAUUGCUGGUGGGACAGGUGUCACUCCAAUGCUUCAAGUAGCUGAGGCUAUUCUGAAGAAUCCAGAUGAUAAAACUCAGGUAUCACUGGUCUAUGCAAAUGUCUCUCCUGAUGAUAUUUUACUGAAGCAAAAGCUUGACAUACUUGCCACUAGCCACCCUAAUUUUAAGGUAUUCUACACUGUUGACAAUCCAUCAAAGGACUGGAGAGGCGGGGUAGGCUAUGUCUCAAAGGAUGUUGUCACAAAAGGCUUACCUGGUCCUGGGGACGAUACUCUCAUUAUGGUAUGUGGUCCUCCUGGUAUGAUGCAAAACAUAUCUGGUGACAAGGCUAAAGAUUACUCUCAAGGAGAGGUAAGUGGAAUACUCAAGGAACUUGGAUAUACAAAAGAAAUGGUCUACAAAUUUUGAGGGAUCCUGCAUAAUUUACAGAAAUAGGAAAAGAAUUUGGAUAACAUAGUAGCAUCUUGUAGCCUGAAGGGCACAAGUGUGCUAUAAGUUAGAAAUAAUUCAAUGAAAGUGCUCUGCUUUUAUGGGUUUCGUCCUUUGGAGAAAUGGACACUUGUUUUUCUGCACGUUCACCAAACUGAAGAAACAUUUGUAGGGCGUUUUUAAUGCUCUAUUGUUGAAAUGAAAUGGGCAUUGUUGGCUCAUUUUGUAGAUUUUCUUAUAUUUAUCUGUGAAUUUGAUAAUCCACAAAUGAAUUGGGGAUUUAUUUCAAGAAAUUGAACAAGAUACUAUCUCUUCUUUUGAGUUUUAACUUGAUAAUGAAUUAUGAUACAACAAAAUGCACUUUG